ACGUCCGUGCUAACCAAUCCAUAAUUUUAUCGCUCAGUGGGAUCAAACGUCAUUUGUCAAACGUGCUAAAGUGAGGUUAAAAACCAAUAUUUUUUUAAUAAAACGUUAUUUAACGUGCAAAAACCACAAAAUGAGUGCUUGUGAUGACACAACUCGGACACCGCCCCCAAACCCUGAUGUCAUCCCAGCGAAAAAAAUCGCUUGUGCCCCAAAACUCUUCAACGGCGUGGAAAUCUCGCAACUGACCAAACGCCAAAUGAAGAAGUACCAAAAGUGCCUCAAAUGGCAACAAGUCAAGAAGGAAAAACGGGCGAAAGAACGCCUCAAAAGCAAGGAAAAGCGGAUUCAAGCCAAGCUAAACAACGUGGAUUUGGGGCCCAGUCGCAAGCAACUCAAACGCAUGAAAAUGAAAGACAGUCCGUGUAAAAUCACCGUGUGCAUUGACCUAAGUUUCGACGACUUAAUGAUCGAUAAAGACAUGGCUAAAACUAUUAAACAAAUUUUACGAAUUUAUACGGAAAAUAGGCGCGCUCAGGCCCCCAUGCAACUCUAUUUGACCAGUUUCAACGGCCGGAGUAAGACAGAAAUGGAAAAACACCACGGUUUUGAAAACUGGGACCUUAAUUUUUGCCCCCAAGACUAUUUAGAUAUUUUUACGAAGGAAAAACUGGUUUAUUUAAGCAGCGAAAGCGAUAAAGUCAUCACCGAGCUACAGCAAGACAAGGUUUAUAUCAUAGGGGGCCUAGUUGACCAUAAUUUCCAUAAGGGUAUUUGCUACAAGAAAGCACUAGAGCAAGGAAUAGAUCACGGCCAACUUCCCAUAAGCGAGUAUUUCUGGCUAAACCAUCGAAAAGUCCUAACUAUAAAUCAAGUUUUCGAAAUAUUGCUCCGAGUUAGUGAAGGCAAAACAUUCAAAGCUGCGUUCGAGAUGAUCUUGCCGAAGAGAAUCGAGAAAAUUUCGGCGCAGGAUUCGUCUGAAGAGGAACAAAAUGAUACAACUUGUGAUAAUAAAUAAUAAAUGUUUUGAGUAA